AUGCUGGCCCGGCCCCUGCUGCUCCUCCUGGCCCUGGCCCCCGCAGCCCGCCUGCCCGGCGCGCACGGGGCCCCUGGCCCCGCCACCCUCCGCCCGGGCGGCGAGCGGGAGGUGACGGCGGCACCCGCAGCGCCGAGCACCCAGGGGCAGCUGCGGGAGCCCGUCCCCGAGGGCGAGAGGCUGCGGCUAGCCGAGGAGAAGGCAGCGGGUGGUGAAGCCAGGGGCACCACGAAAAAACCCGUGCGGGUUAAAGUAGUGAAGAAAAAAGUCUUGAAGAAGAAACCCAAGGCUUCGGGCCAGGGAGCAGCCACCAAGCAGCAGCCACAAUGUCCCCCGCUGGGGCUGGAGUCUCUGAGGGUGUCGGACUUCCAGCUACGAGCCUCCAGCAUCAAGCGCUACGGACUGGGUGCCCACCGGGGACGCCUCAAUAUACAGUCCGGGAUUCACGACGGUGACUUCUACGACGGAGGCUGGUGUGCCGGCCACGAGGACCGGGACCAGUGGCUGGAGAUCGAUGCCCGGCGGCCGACCCGUUUCACCGGCGUCAUCACACAGGGCCUGAACUCCAUCUGGACUUACGACUGGGUGACCUCCUACAAAGUCCAGUUCAGUAACGACACACACAGCUGGCAGCCAGGCAGGAACGGGACGGAGGAGGUGGUGUUCCUGGGGAACAAGGACCCCGAGACGCCCGUGCUCAAUGCCCUCCCCACCCCGGUGGUGGCGCGCUACAUCCGCAUCAACCCCCAGACCUGGUUUGAGAAUGGCACCAUCUGCCUGAGGGCGGAGAUCCUGGGCUGCCCCUUGCCAGACCCCAACAACAUCUACUCCUGGGAGAACGAGCCGGUGGCGACCGACAAGCUGGACUUCAGGCAUCACAACUACAAGGAGAUGAGAAAGCUGAUGAAGGAGGUGAACGAGGAGUGCCCCAACAUCACCCGGGUCUACAGCAUCGGGAAGAGCUACCUGGGCCUGAAGAUGUACGUGAUGGAGAUCUCGGACAACCCCGGGCAGCACGAGUUGGGGGAGCCGGAGUUCCGCUACGUGGCCGGGAUGCACGGGAACGAGGUGCUGGGCCGCGAACUCCUGCUCAACCUGAUGCAGUACCUGUGCGGCGAGUACACCCGGGGCAACCCCCGCGUCGUCCGGCUGGUGAGCGAGACCCGCAUCCACCUGCUGCCCUCCAUGAACCCCGACGGCUACGAGACGGCCUACAAGCUGGGCUCGGAGCUGGCGGGCUGGGCCGUGGGCCGCUGGACCUACCAAGGCAUCGACCUCAACCACAACUUCGCCGACCUCAACACGGCCCUGUGGGACGCCGAAGACAACGAGCUGGUUCCUCACAAGUUCCCCAACCACUAUCUCCCCAUCCCGGAGUACUACACCUUUGCCAACGCCACGGUGGCCCCGGAGACCCGCGCCGUCAUCGACUGGAUGCAGAAGUUCCCCUUCGUGCUGAGCGCCAACCUGCACGGGGGGGAGCUGGUGGUGACCUACCCCUACGACAUGACCCGCACCUACUGGAAGGCCCAGGAGCUGACGCCCACGCCCGACGACGCCGUCUUCCGCUGGCUCGCCACCGUCUAUGCCACCACCAACCUGGCCAUGGUGGACGACGAGCGCCGCCUCUGCCACUACGAGGACUUCACCAGGGAGGGCAACAUCAUCAACGGCGCCAACUGGCACACGGUGCCGGGAAGUAUGAACGACUUCAGCUACCUGCACACCAACUGCUUUGAGCUCACUAUAGAGCUGUCCUGCGACAAAUUCCCGCACGAGUCCGAGCUGCCCAGGGAGUGGGAGAACAACAAGGAGUCCCUGCUGGUCUUCAUGGAGCAGGUCCGCCGGGGCAUUAAAGGGGUCGUUCGGGACAAGGACACCGAGCAGGGAAUUGCAGACGCCAUCAUUGCCGUGGACGGCAUCAACCACGACGUCAGAACAGCUUUCGAUGGCGACUACUGGCGCCUGCUGAACCCGGGCGAGUACGAGGUCACCGCUUCGGCCGAAGGCUACCACCCCGUCACCAGGACCUGCCGCGUCUCCUACGAGGACAACCCCACCCUCUGCGACUUCCAGAUCACCAAGACGCCCAAGCAGCGGCUGCGCGAGAUCCUGGCCAAGGGGGGCAAGAUCCCCAAGGACCUGAUCCUGCGGCUGCGGCAGCUGCGGCUCCGCAAGCUGAGGGCCCAGCGGCAGGCCCAGUGA